CAGCAGGGCUGGCAGCAGGGCAGAGGCUGGCAGCACGGUGCCCGCAGGUGGCCAUGCAGUCGCUGUGGAGCAUCAAGGUGGUGGUGCUGGUGAAGCCUGAGCACGAGAACCGCAUCAGCCACGUCAGCACCUCCAGCGUCAAGACUGGCAUCGCCAACACCCUGGGCAACAAGGGGGCCGUGGGCGUCUCCUUCAUGUUCAAUGGCACCUCCCUGGGCUUCGUCAACUGCCACCUCACCUCGGGCAGCGAGAAGACAGCCAGGCGCAACCAGAACUAUCAGGACAUCCUGCGGCUGCUGGCGCUGGGGCACAGGCAGCUGAGCCCCUUCGACAUCUCCCUGCGCUUCACUCACCUCUUCUGGUUCGGGGACCUCAACUACCGCCUCGACAUGGACGUGCAGGAGAUCCUGAACUACAUCAGCAGGAAGGAGCUGGAGCCUCUGCUCAGGGUGGAUCAACUCAACCUGGAGAAGGAGAAGCACAAAAUCUUCCUGCGCUUCGGCGAGGAGGAGAUCACCUUCCCCCCCACCUACCGCUACGAGAGGGGCUCCAGGGACACCUACGUCUGGCACAAGCAGAAGCCCACGGGGGUCCGUACCAAUGUCCCCUCCUGGUGUGACCGCAUCCUCUGGAAGUCCUACCCCGAGACCCACAUCCACUGCACUGCCUACGGCUGCACCGACGACAUCGUCACCAGCGACCACUCGCCGGUGUUCGCCUCCUUCCAGGUGGGGGUCACCUCCCAGUUCGUCUCCAAGCAAGGGCUCUCCAAGGCCUCUGAGCAGGCUUACAUCGAGCUGGAGAGCGUCGAGGCCAUCGUCAAGACCUCCAGCCGCAGCAAGUUCUUCAUCGAGUUCUACUCCACCUGCCUGGAAGAGUUCAAGAAGAGCCUGGAGAACGACAGCCAAAGCAGUGACAACAUCAACUUCCUGAAGGUGCAGUGGUCCUCCAGGCAGCUGCCCACGCUACAGCCCAUCCUGUCAGACAUUGAGUACCUCCAGGACCAGCAUCUGCUGCUCACUGUCAAGUCCUCGGACGGCUACGAGUCCUACGGGGAAUGUGUCAUUGCCCUCAAGUCCAUGAUUGGCAGCACUGCCCAGCAGUUCCUCACCUUCCUGUCCCACCGGGGCGAGGAGACUGGCAACAUCCGCGGCUCCAUGCGCGUCAGGGUGCCCAGCGAGCGCCUGGGCACCAGGGAGAGGCUCUAUGAGUGGAUCAGCAUCGACAAGGACGAGGCAGCGGCGGCCAAGGGGAAGGUGCCAGGGGGUGCCAGGAGCUGCCAGGACCAUGCCAGGUCAUGCAGCCGGAAGCCCACCAGUGCCGAGGCCCCCCCCAGUGCCACCUCUGCCCUGGCAAAGCUGCCAGAGGAGGCUGAGAAGGUCCCUGCCAGCCCUGCCCCCCGGCCCCCGGCCCCGCACCGUGGCACUGCCAGGGACGAGCACAGCAGCAGCCGCUCCAAGCUGGAGGUGCCCGCGGAGCCCCCCCCGAAGAACAGCUUCAACAACCCUGCCUACUACGUGCUGGAGGGGGUCCCUCACCAGCUGCUGGCACCGGCGGACCCUGGCAAGCCCCCGGGCAGAGCCAAGGCGCAGGGGGCAGCCCCCGAGCGCCGCCCGCAGCCCCCCGCCAGCCGCCCCCCGCCCGGCGGCCAGCCCGACGGCAGCAGCUCCUCCGAGGACGACGCUGCCCCCCCGAGCCUGCCGCCCCCGGACUUCCCCCCGCCGCCGCUGCCCCCCGAGCUCGAGGUGCCCCCCGGCCCUCGCCAGGGCACCGCCGCCUGCUGCCCGGAGCCGGCGCCCAGGGCUGGCACCGGCGAGGCUGCCCCCGCCCAGCCCCGGCUGCCGCCGCCCGCCGCCGCCGCCGCACCGGGGGGGGGCUCGGAGGCAGCCGCCGGCCCCUGCGGGGGCUCGCCGGGGGGCGGCCAGGACGAUCGCUCCUGCUCCGUGCUGCAGAUGGCGAAGACCCUGAGCGAGGUGGACUACGGAGGAGGGGGCAGGGGGGAGAUGCCCACCCGCGGCCUGCCCCCCGCCUAUGGGCGCCCAAUCAGCUUCCCCCCGCGCUCCAUCCGGGAGAGCAUCCAGGAGGACCUGGCCGAGGAGGCGCUGUGCCAGCCGGGCCGCGGGGCCGUGCCCGCCGUGGGCGAGUGGCUGCGGGCGCUGGGGCUGCAGAGGUACGAGGAGGGGCUGCUGCAGAACGGCUGGGACGACCUCGACUUCCUCAGUGACAUCACGGAGGAGGACCUGGAGGAAGCAGGAGUGGUGGAGCCUGCCCACAAGAGAGUCCUGCUGGAGAGCCUCCAGCGCCGCCAGCAGCCCUGAGGGGUCCCCCUCAGGGAUCCUGCUCCCUGGAUCCCGCUCCCUGGAUCCCACUCCCUGGAUUCUGCUCCCUGGAUCCCACUUCUUGGAUCCCACAGCCUGGAUCCUGCAGUCAUGCAUCCCACAGCCUGGGUUCCACUUCUUGGAUCCCUCUGCCUGGAUCCCACAUCCUAGAACCCACUACCUGGAUCCCGCUCCCUGCAUCCCACUUCUGGGAUCUCACAGCCUGGAUCCUGCUGCAUGGAUCCCACUGCUGGAUCCUGCUCCCUGGAUCCCACGGCCUGGGUCCUGCAGUCAUGCAUUCCACAUCCUGGGUUCUGCUCCUUGGAUCCCACUUCUUGGGUGUCACAGCCUGGAUCCCCCUGCUGGAUCCCCCUGCU